ACUUGCAGUUGCCGUUCCGCCUUGGCGAGAAGGACUUGUUCUUCAGUAGUCGUACUCGGAAGCACGUGGAUUUUCAUCUACAAAUUACAGUGAUUGAGUCGGAUAAUGAGAGCGUUUUAAAAAAAUUUGAGAAGUGAGCGAAUUUUUUUAUUAAACCAGAGUCUCAGCUGCCAAAAUGGAAUUCGAAGACCUAGUAGUGGACGAAAAAAAUGUCCUACCUCCCCAGAAAAGGACGAAUGAUGAAUCCUUAACUACCAUACUAUGCUGUGUCUGCGGCAUCAACAUUCAGCCCAACCCUUCAUAUCGCUGUAUCCCAUGUCUCAGACUUGAACAUGACAUUGCCUCUGAAAUCCCCAAGGAGGUGACCAUCUACUUCUGCCGAGGCUGUGGAAGAUAUCUUGAGCCUCCUGCUCUUUGGGUGGCAGCAGAGCUGGAAUCAAAAGAGCUGCUGUCUCUGUGUCUCAAGAGGCUGCGAGGUCUUGACAAAGUCCGUCUUGUCAAUGCCAGGUUUGAAUACACAGAACCUCAUUCAAGACGCCUGAAGCUUGAGGUUAAAGUGGAGAAAGCCUUGAAUGAGGAAGUUAGCUUGGAGCAAACCUUCCAAGUGGAUUACAUGGUUGCCAACCAAUUCUGCUCUGAUUGCCACAGGGUAGAAGCCAAAGACUUCUGGAAAGCUUCUGUCCAGAUUCGGCAGAAAGUGGACCACAAGCGCACCUACUACUACCUGGAGCAGCUGAUGCUCAAAAGCUCUGUGACAAAGCUUGCAACCGACUUGAAAGAAGUGUCAGGUGGUCUGGACAUGUUCUUCUACUCGGAGAGAGAUGCAAAGAAAGUUGUCAACUUUAUUUCAUCUUCAGUUGUUUGCAAACACAACCAAUCAAAGAAACUCAUCUCUCAUGACAUCAAAUCAAAUAUUUACAACUAUAAAUUCAGUUUCUGUGUGGAGAUCGCCCCCGUGUGCAAGGACAGUGCCGUUUGCCUCUCCAAAACCAUGGCUCGUAACUUGGGUGGCAUGUCCAGAGUGUGCAUCGUGCAGAGAGUAACUAAACAUAUUUUACUCAUUGACCCAAAAUCAGCUCAAACUGCUGAGGUAAAUGCCCUGGCAUAUUACAAGAAUCCUUUCUUCGACAUGAUCACCAGUAAGCAUCUCACGAAAUUCGUUGUGAUGUCCUUGGAAGAGGCAGAUGUCAAGUAUUUUGCUGGACAAGGGCACAUUUCGCAUAAGCAUACUGUGGCUGACGUGUGGGUGCAGCGUGAAAGCGACAUAGGAACCCAAAAACAGAUCUUCUGCACCACCCACCUCGGCAACAUCUUGCACGAGGGAGACAUCGUAAUGGGAUACGACUUCCAGAACUUGAAUGUGAACAAUGAUGAAGUAGACAAGCUUGAUGAGCGCGACAUGCCUGACGUGCUUCUCGUGAAGAAGUACUACGGCAACAAGGCUCUCAGGAACAGGAGGCGCAAGUGGAAGCUUCGCUCGCUCAAAAAUGAUGACAAAAACAGUGUCAACAGAGACUACAUUGACUUCUUGGAUGAUUUGGAAGAGGAUCCUGUGUUACGGAAGAACGUCAACGUCUAUCGCAAAGAUGAGGGCAUGCCUUCUGACUCUGUGGUGGACGAUGAUGACGAUCUUGAUCCUGAGGCACCGACCAUAUCCGUCCAAGAAAUGCUCGAUGAACUGGAAGACCUCUCAGCUCCUGGACUCGCCCAGCAGCCUUUAGAUGGAGAUGAUGAAGAUGCUGCUGAUGCUGAAGAUGAUGACGACGAACUGGAAUGGCAAGAUGCUUUAGAAGAUCCUGAUUCUCCUCUUCCAUCUUGAUUUGUUGAAUUGUGUCAUUGUGAUUCGAAAUCGUAUUAAAUGGUUUUUUGCCAAAGCCUC